CUGACGUACUUCCUUUACUUGUAUUUCUGGAUUAUCCGCGAGAGAAGCGCAGGCUCGCUCUUCUCUUCCGACCACCAUCAUGACCGAACCCAUCACCGUCAUCCCCCCCGCACCCGAAAAGUGUCAAGUGUACGGCGCGCGAGCUGGGAUACAGCUACUGCGCUGUUCUACCUGCAAGAAUAGGUCCUACUGCUCUGCUGUCUGUCAGAAAAAGGACUGGAAAUGGGGUCACAAGCUGCGCUGCUCGCUCCUACCUGUACCGCUCGCGCCACUGCCUAUCCAUCCAAGCGAAAAGUUGAGCUUUGAGGUCAGGCGCGCGGCAGCAGCGCUAGAGCCUAUAUAUGAAGUGUGGCAGUACAUCGACGAGACGGUAGAGCCGGAGAAGAAGAACGAAGCCAAGAAGAGGGACGAAUCAUACGUUUCGCUUCUAGCGCACACCCUACCUCACCCUUUCGCCUGGUCCGACACCUGGGAGUAUCGCCUGGGGAAGGACGGGACGUCUCUCCCGGAGACCACUCUCUUCGCCUUCCGGCACCUCUUCUGGAUUGACACCGUCUCGCACCUCGACACGCCCGCGCAGCGCACCGAGUGGCUCGAGAUGCUCGGCAACCCGGCGUUCACGGCGCAUACCACGGGCAUCGUUCCAGAGAAGGCGCUCGCGCGGCCGGGCGAGCUGAGUCCGGGCGAGUACGAGACGAUCGAGCAAGUGGUGGUCAUGUCGUCCUUCAUACGGCGUAUACGGAGGGGGUCGAUGGAGCGACGGAGGAGGAUAGACGGUGGCAGCGCUUGGCGGCGAUCUGCAGGCAGGCGCAGGGGCCGUGGGCAUUGGAUUUUCUGUAGGGAACAGCCGACGGUGUUGAGCACCGUCAAACGGCAUCGUAGGAACGGAGAAGCUACAGGAGAGAUCGGCAACUCUUCCGUUGAAAAUCCAUAGCAUAAGUCGGAGCAGCGUCAAAGAAGGAGAGGAGAAGUGUCUCCAUCGCCGUCGCUUGCAAUGCUCCACAAGUGGGUCCGAAUUUCGCAAUAUGCGACGAAUUGACGCGGUUUUCUCAGUUUCGUAGUACUUGCCAACCGAUGAGAUCGUUCAGACCGUCUGCAUGGCCCUUUGAAGGAUCCAGAUCGAUGUAAAAGGUGCGAAGGAAUGAGGCGACUGUCGAGGUACGGAUAGAAUGGAUAGGCGC